UGUCUGGCUCGUGGUACGGACAUGGACGUGAGGCGUGCGGCUCUUCUGUCUGCCUGCGUCUGCCUGUUGGCGCGAGGAGAACCGCUGGAUAAACAGGACGUGCAAGUGAUUGAUGUUUUAGGUGUACAGGACUCGAAACAGAGUGUGGCUGCUGUGGAGAAGCUUGCGGGCGGUCUAAGCACGCUCAGUGACAUCUACGUGGCAUCCACCUUCCGCCUGCCACCCAAGCUGGGUGGCGUUCUGCUGGGCAUCUACGGUAAACAGGACAACAGGAAGUAUCUAGAAGUGGCCAUCAUGGGCAAGCUCAACAAAGUUCUGGUGCGUUACGUCAGGGCAGACGGGAAGGUGCACACGGUAAACCUGCACAAUGCCAACCUGGCCGACGGGCGCAUGCACUCCAUAAUCCUGCGAGUAGGCGGCCUGCGCCGGGACCACCUGCAUCUGGAGCUCUACGUCAACUGCCGAUUGGCUGACUCUAGUCAGGGUCAGCUGCCAUUGGUCCCUCUGCCCAGACAGGCAGAGAUGGUGGAGAUUAGACAUGGACACAAGGCCUAUGCCCGCCUCCAGGGUGCAGUGGAGUCCCUGAAGCUAGCACUAGGGGGCAGUGUGGCCAAAGUUGGGUCCCUGACUGACUGUCCAUUCCAGGGAGAUUCCUCAGCCUCCAACACAGUGAAUGGGGAGAUCAACUCCAUUCUGGGCGAUCACACCAAGGCUCUGAUUGGUCAGCUCAUCAUCUUCAAUCAGAUCCUGGGAGAGCUCCGAGAGGACAUCAGGGAGCAGGUGAAGGAGAUGUCUUUGAUAAGGAACACUAUUCUGGAGUGUCAAGUCUGUGGUUUCCACGAGCCUCGGUCUCGCUGUUCCCCGAACCCCUGCUUCAAAGGUGUGUCCUGCAUGGAGACCUUUGAGUACCCAGGGUACCGCUGUGGGGCCUGCCCCGAGGGGACCACCGGCAACGGGACACACUGCCAGGACAUCGAUGAGUGCAUGGAGGCCCAGCCCUGCUACAAUCCUGCAGCUUGUGUCAACACAGCCAAAGGCUUUGCGUGCGAGCCCUGCCCAACUGGGCUCUGGGGACCUGCUCUGAUGGGGGUGGGGCUAGAGUUUGCCAAGUACCACAAGCAGGAGUGUUCAGAUGUUGAUGAAUGUAUGGAGGUAGUAGAUGCCUGUGUGCCAAACUCCAUCUGUACCAACAGUAUAGGUUCAUAUAAGUGCGGUGGCUGCAAGGCUGGUUUCCAGGGUAACCAGUCGUCCGGCUGCCUCCCCAAGAAGUCGUGUGCCGCACUAACCUUUAACCCCUGUGAUGUCAAUGCCCACUGUAUGAUAGAAAGGAACGGCGAGGUGGGAUGUAUGUGUAAUGUGGGCUGGGCUGGGAAUGGGAACACUUGUGGCGUGGACACGGAUAUAGAUGGAUAUCCUGACCGCUCUCUGCCCUGCAUGGACAACGACAAGCACUGCAACCAGGAUAACUGCAUAUACACGCCUAACUCAGGGCAGGAGGAUGCGGACGGAGAUGGGAUUGGAGACCAGUGUGACGAGGACGCCGAUGGAGAUGGUAUCAAAAAUGUGGAGGACAACUGCAGACUGGUUCCCAAUAAGGAUCAGCAGAACUCGGACACGGACUCGUUUGGAGAUGCCUGUGAUAACUGUCCCAACGUCCCCAACAUUGACCAGAAAGACACGGACAACAAUGGACAGGGAGAUGCUUGUGACCAGGACAUCGAUGGCGACGGAAUACCCAACGUGUUGGACAACUGUCCCAAAGUACCUAACCCCAUGCAAACCGACCGUGACACAGAUGGCGUGGGGGAUGCUUGUGACAGCUGCCCCGAGCUAAGCAACCCCAUGCAGACGGACGUGGAUAAUGACCUGGUGGGUGACGUAUGUGACACCAAUCAAGACAUGGAUGGAGACGGUCACCAGGACAGCAGGGACAAUUGUCCAGAUAUUCCGAACAGCUCCCAAUUAGACUCAGACAACGAUGGCCUUGGAGAUGACUGUGACCACGAUGACGAUAACGAUGGCAUCCCCGAUGUGUCGGAUAACUGCCGACUCAUCGUCAAUCCCAACCAGAAAGACUCAGAUGGAAAUGGUGUGGGCGAUGUCUGCGAGAAUGACUUUGACAAUGAUGCUGUGAUGGAUUUGAUUGAUGUGUGUCCAGAGAGUGCUGAGGUCACUCUGACAGACUUCAGAGCCUAUCAGACAGUCAUCCUUGACCCGGAGGGUGAUGCCCAGAUUGACCCCAACUGGGUGGUGCUAAAUAGGGGUAUGGAGAUAGUCCAGACAAUGAACAGUGACCCUGGUUUAGCAGUCGGCUACACAGCGUUUAAUGGUGUGGACUUUGAGGGGACCUUCCAUGUCAACACGGUGACUGAUGAUGACUAUGCUGGCUUCAUCUUCGGCUACCAGGACUCCUCCAGUUUCUAUGUGGUGAUGUGGAAACAGACUGAACAGUCCUACUGGCAGUCCAUUCCCUUCAGAGCCAUGGCCCAGCCUGCCCUCCAGCUGAAGGCGGUGAAGUCUCAGACAGGUCCAGGGGAGUUCUUGAGAAAUGCUCUUUGGCAUACAGGCGACACUCCAGGGGAGGUGAGGCUUCUCUGGAAGGACCCACGAAACGUUGGCUGGAAAGACAAGACCUCCUACCGCUGGCACCUCAGCCACCGGCCGCAGGUGGGCUACAUCAGGGUGAGGCUGUUUGAGGGGACAGACAUGGUGGCGGACUCCGGCGUGGUGAUUGACACCUCGAUGAGGGGCGGGAGACUGGGCGUGUUCUGUUUCUCUCAGGAGAACAUCAUCUGGUCCAACCUGCGCUACAGAUGUAAUGACACAGUUCCUGAAGACUUCCAGGUACACAGGAAACAGGUCAUGAUGCACAUUAAAGUCUGAAAGCAGCGAGGGAGGACUAACAGACAAUCCACAGACCAGAUCCGUCUGUCUCCACAAACACACACAAACAGACAUACAUUCACACACAAACAGAUACACAUGAACAUCAAUUCAGGCAUGUUUAUACACACCCAUAACCACACACAUGAACAGAUGAACAGAUAGCCCCACACACACACAGGCAUGCCUGGAUGCACACUUACAUAGUUUGUCUCGUGUGUGUGUGUGCGUAUGUGUGUGCCUGUGUGUGCGUGUGUGUGUGUGUGUUUGCAUGCGUGUGUGUGUGUGUGUGUGA